AGGUGGUAUUACUCGGGAUGCCGCGGUCAUGUUGUUCAUUUGGGGCACCGCUGCUUCCAAAGAAAAAGGAAAUGAGGUUCUAAACAAAAAGUCUCAUGCACAGAUACUUUGAUGCCAUUCAGAUUAACGUGUCAACAUCGACUGAUUACUUCUGAGCCGACUGGAACUCUGCGCUGCAAUGGAAGUAAACAGGGACGAAGCGGAGCGCUGCAUUGACAUCGCGGCGGCGGCGUUAAGAAGCCAGCAGCCAGAGAAGGCGCAGAAGUUCCUGGAAAAGGCUCAGAGACUCUUUCCGACCAAGACAGCCAAAACACUGUUGGAUUUAAUAGCAAAGAACGGAUUUAGUCCCAGACAAGGUGACCACUCAGAUUUCAGUGAGGAUUCGGGUCCUCGAUGUAGGCGGAGCUCUGCUGAAGAUGCCAGACCAGAAGAAAAGCCUGCAGAAACCUCACAAGCGUACACAGAGGAUCAGCUGGAUGCAGUGAGGAGGAUAAAACAGUGCAAAGACUUUUAUGAGAUUCUCGGGGUCCAGAAAGAUGCUACAGAGGACGAGCUCAAGAGAUCCUACAGAAAACUUGCUCUGAGAUUCCACCCGGAUAAAAACUACGCCCCAGGAGCAACGGAAGCAUUUAAAGCCAUCGGGAAUGCCUACGCUGUCCUGAGUAACGCCGACAAAAGGCGGCAGUAUGAUCAGUGUGGAGAAGAGGGAAGAUAUCCAUCAACAAACGGCCCUGAAAAUGGGAACUUUGAGCCGGACAUUUCACCUGAGGACCUCUUCAACAUGUUUUUUGGAGGAGGUUUUCCCUCAAGUAACGCUCACGUGUACACUAACGGACGGAUGCGCAGCCAAAGGCGGGAGAGACGAGAGCGACCCCGAGAUGGAGGUCUCGCACUGUUUGUUCAGGUCAUGCCCAUCCUUAUCCUGGUCAUUGUGUCCGCUCUGACUCAAAUAAUGGUCAGCAACCCCUCCUACAGCCUCAGCUUCAGGCCGUCGGCCGGGUACUCGCACAAAAGGUUGACCGAGAACCUCAAGGUGCCAUACUAUGUGGGAGAGCAGUUUUCCAAAGAGUUUAGUGGUGUGAAUCUGAAAAACCUGGAGCGGACAGUGGAGGAUGAUUAUAUAGGAAACCUGCGCAACAACUGCUGGAAGGAGAAGCAACAGAAAGAAAGCAUGCUCUACAGAGCGCGCUAUUUUGGUGACUCAGAGCUUUACCAAAGAGCGCAGAGGGCUCGAACCCCAAGCUGUGCCAAGCUGUCCGAGAUCUCAGCCUCCAUGCAUUGAUGGUUUCUAAAAGAACCAGAAAAGAAGUAUGUGCAUCAGUUUUAACAGACCAGAGGCUGAAGAUGACCGCCAGGAAACAACAUUUUAACAAACUACAAAAAAGCCAUUUCUUUGCAGGAUGUGGGUGGUAAUCUGCAAGCAUCACUUUUACCUGGAAGCCAUGAGAAGAUAAAGACUUCUUGAUCAACGUGUUUGCAGAAAUCCCAUGCAAACCCAUAAUGAUUUUGCAUAUACUUAGCCAAUGCAGAUGAUACUGAUGUAGCAGUCCUACACAUCAACCGCUUCAUCCUUAUUUUUAUGCAGUUAGACCGGCAGAGAAAAGCCUCUCGUCUGUCUCUAAAUGCAUUUUCUAACUAUGCAGGAAUUCUGUUCACUCAUGUCUUGGCUUUGUUGCUUACUUGAACAUGUGAGAUGUGUCUUUUCCUCCUGUGUUUGUGACAUAAACAUAGAAAAACCUCACUUUGCUUCCUUUGAUAGUGUAACUUCACGUCACACUAGACACCAGGAAGGUGAGACGUACCUACCCACCGAGUGGGACAACAGCAGGGAGUGGUUUGGUGCGUAAUGUCUCUGAUUGACCUCAAGUUCUCUCUGAUGAAUGGGUUUAUCAAGCUCAAACAACAACACAGCUCUCAACCAUGUUUUCCACCAUGACUCUGUUCACUUGUGUAAAAUAAACGCUCGAACGUGUUGAA